UCCGAGCCUUGAACAACCAUCAUCCUCGAGUUCCAAGUUCUUUCAACAACGCAAAAAAGUCCACCCACUUUCCCACACCUCCAUAGCAAAAGUCCCACUUCAACUAAACUCGCGACCCGGCAUUUUGCCAAUGGCCGCCUCGAUUUCUCCAAACUCAUUUCCUAGAACAACCAUGUUGGUUGUGUGCGCCAUCCUCAUCAGCUCCUCCGUGGUCGCUUUGGCCGGUAACUUUUACCAAGAUUUCGAUGUCACUUUCGGAGAUGACCGGGUCCAGGUACUGAACAAGGGCCAGCUCGUCACUCUCUCCCUGGACAAGGCCUCUGGCUCCGGCUUCAGGUCCAAGAACCAGUACCUCUACGGCAAGUUCGACAUGCAAAUCAAGCUCGUCCCCGGCAACUCCGCUGGCACCGUCACCACCUUCUAUUUGCACUCGGACGGAUCAACCUGGGACGAGGUAGACUUGGAGUUCUUGGGGAACUUGAGCGGCGACCCUUACAUCCUCCACACCAACUUGUACAGCCAAGGCAAAGGCAAUAGGGAGCAGCAAUUCUAUCUCUGGUUCGACCCGACAGCCGACUUUCACACUUACUCUGUCCUGUGGAACCCUUCGCACAUUGUGUACUAUGUGGAUGGGACUCCAAUAAGGGAGUUCAAGAACUUGGAAGCGGCAGGGGUCGCGUACCCAAAGAGCCAGCCCAUGACCCUCUACUCGACCCUAUGGGAUGCCGAGGACUGGGCCACCCGGGGCGGCCUCGUGAAGACGGACUGGUCGCAAGCUCCUUUCACCGCCUCCUUCAGGGGCUUCAAUGUGAGCGCGUGCGUUUGGUCCAACGGAGCCUCCUCUUGCCCUUCUUCCUCGGUCGCCACGGCGAAAUACCCAUGGUUUUCUCAGCAACUCGACGCGGCGAGCCAGCAGACGAUGAAGUCGGUCCAGCAGAAGUACAUGAUUUACGACUAUUGCCAGGACACCAAGCGAUUCCCUCAGGGCCUUCCUCUGGAGUGCACUCUAAGGACUAAGUCGUGAGAUCAUGCACAUAAACACAAAUACGAUAAUGUUCAUAUGUAUGCCUUCAUUCCAUUAAUUUGUAAGUGUUGCGAUUAAUUCGUACGUGUGGAUGUACCCGAGACGUGCUUAUGGUUUACCAAGUCAAUAAUGUGUUGAUCAAUUUGAUGA